GGUGGAGCACGGUACACUGUAGAGAAGAGUCAGGCCAGCUCACCCUUGCAUAUACCCAGUAAUCUAUGCAGAACACGACGUUAUAUAUUCACCAGGUUUAUAUCCACGUUAAAGCUCUUCAGACGUCUCUUCGAGGUUUUUACCUGGCGCAGUGAUUGACGGACGUGAACUGCGUUGACGGACGUAACAGGUGAUGACAAGAAUGAUAUGGAUAUUUGCGCUAGCCGUGAUGGCGCGAAUUGCGCAUGCGGCGUACGUCCCGUAUGAUUGUCGGCGUUCGAACCAGGUAUGUGUGUCUGACGUCACAGGUGGACAGUGUACAAACACCGGAUCAUGUGUCUGCACAGAUCCUAACUUCACCGGAUAUGAUUGCUCGCUACCCGCAGUUCAGGAACGCUUUCCCCCGCAGUGUAGUAUUGACUGUGGAGGGCGUGGAAGAUGCUAUGACGAUGGAUUCGGUGCCAAGUGUUUUUGUGAUCCGUCUUACUACGGAGAUCGGUGUCAGUUUGACAGAGUAUCAGUCCAAUGUUUCACUGAGUACAUGACAAUUCGGGUGUUUCCGAUCAAUUUUAACGGUGAGAUUUUUGUGGCAACCCUGCCUCCUGAUGUGGAGCCCGCGUGCCAAUUCGAGGCUGCGCCUGACGGAAAUGGUUUCCUGAAGAAUCUAUCUUUCAGUGACAACCCCACCGUGAAUCCAUGUUUACCAAAUCUGAGUGUCGCCACGAGCACUGUGGAUGGGACAAACAUUUUCACCUAUGAGAUCUCGGUCAAAUACAAUCCUAGGUACACGACAUUUGUUGAUGAAAUCCACACUGUUACCUGCGAACACACGCUGAACGGGCCGUUAGUUGGAGCAGUCAUAGAUGUGGAUGGGGGGCCUACCAACGGUGUGAUCAUUUCCGGUAAUGCCACCGUCCUUGACCUUGACAUCACGCGAGAGUCGGAUGGAGUCUCCGUCAGUAGAAAUAACCUCGUGACCUUCAUCGGGGAGGAUCUGAACAUAAAAGUGUCGCUCAAGGACGAGUCAAGAUACAAGAAUCACAAGGUGGAGAACUGUGGAGCCUACAAUUACCCACUGCUGGAUUCUGCCGUCAACAACCUCAGGCUGGAAAAGAGAAUGGUGGCAGAUGGCUGCCCGGCACCGGACUCCCAGGAUGUCAUCAGCGGUCCUCUCAUAAAGACACCCACCACAGUCUUCGUCCCCUUCAAAGCUUUCAAAUUUAACACUGGAGAACUGCACAUCUACUGUUCGGUUAGGGUGUGUCUUCAGGCGACAGACGCCUUGUGCCAACCCGACGACUGUACUGCUCAGAAGGGAGGCCCAGGAGGUGGAUUCGGGCGUAAGAAACGACAAUCUGGUGAUGACCAAGACGUCGAAGAGCUCUCCACCAGCUUCUAUGUUGUCACGAAACUGGAACCAGGUUAUUUCCAAGAAAGCAAUUCAUCCACGAAGGUUGAGGAGAAGUCCUGUUUCCAGACGCCAGCCUUCUUAGCCGUCACAGUGGUGUUCUCUUUCUUGCUGAUUAUCACACUGGUUGUCACAGUGAUCAUGUGUCUGAGAUAUAUGCGACGGGAAAAAGAGCUCACUAAGGGAGACAACUCUGCGAGAGCAUGACGGGUCAGGGAAAUCAUCUCGUACUGUGAAAUAUUCUUUGAAAAGCUCAUACGAAAAUGAUUUAAACUAAAGAUUCUAUUUGAGACCACGGACAGCCGGGCACUUUUGUUUUCAGCCAAUAGCUGAUUAUACUCUUUCGAGUCGCUCCACAGCAGCGUUAAAGAGCACAUCAAAAAAGAUAUACGUGUUGCAUAAAACCAGAAUCCGGUUUCGAAGAGUAUCACACUUUUAUACAGUUAUUAUCAGGUAUAUAGUUUUUAAAAUUUUGUUUACAUUUGGCAAUGAGCUACUGUAAAAUCAGAUCUUUUAGCCGCAUUAGUUAGCGAGAAAGGCCCCACCUUUUCUCAUCUAAACAUGCGUGAACACGCGAGUCUCUUGAAAUAUCGAUUCGGCUUAUUUUCCCAUACCUUCCCAUUUUGGUAUUCUUUUUGCUGUUGCGGCGCGUCAGGGAAAGUGUCCGAGUGUCCGUGAACUCGAACUGGAAGACCCCAGUCUUUAACUUGCUGACCUUGCCAGAAAUUGUUGAAUACGUGGUCACGUUCGUGACCACGUGGGCAAAACAGCUUUUCGCCAAUUUUACCUCUUCUGGGUUUUGAAAAAUAUAAAAGAGACAAAAUCUUUUUCAUGUAUAUUUUAAGAUAAGUCCUGCCAGGAAAUUUGUUUAUAUCGUUUUGGGAAUAAAAUUAACAACUUUGUGUGUAUACUUAUUAAAGUGUGAUUAGAUUGUGAAUUCUGUGCAUUCCGAAAACAGAAUCAAGAGCCUGGUCUCCAAACGAGCGUUACACUACACAAACGACCGAGUGAACACCCUGGACGACAUAUCACCGAGGCCCCUGUGAACAGCUAGACGGGGUGAAUGUGACAAAUUCCCUGCCCGGGUCUGGGUUUGAACCUGCACACCUGGUGCCUCAUGAUAGGGAGUCGCACUUUUUACCCACUGAGCUACAAACCUUUUUCCUCAUUUGAUUCAACGGUCAAUCUUGUCUACUUGUGCUAGAGAUCGCUUUCA